AUGCAAUCAAAUGUAGGUAUUGAUAAAUCAGAUACAUUGGAUGGUCCUUACAUGCCACUAUCAACACCAUUAACACAAACUCAAGAUUUUGAAAUUCAACCUACUCGCAAAAUUCUCCUUCUUUUAAAUGCCAUUCUCAUUGUAGUUGCUAUAAUUGAUUUGAUUGUGAGCAUUCAAAAACUUACAUUUGUAAAUUUUCAAGGAAUAAAUGUUAUAGAUUGGCAUGCUACUCAAACUUUUAUUUGGCUUCUAUUAAACGCUUUUGCAAUUCUUGUUACUUAUAAAUAUCAUCAAACAGGUUUAUUUGUGUUUGCAUGGAUGGGUGUCAUUGGACUUGUUGUUACUGGUAUUAUAACUAUAAUUUUCUUAUAUCUUGUCGGUUGGUUAUAUACAACAGGUAGAUUUCAUACAUAUUUGACUGAAACAUUAAUGAUAACAAUGCUUUCUAUUGUAUAUAUUCUAUUUUUUACUAUAAAAAUAAUUAUUGUUCAAUUUGCUUUUAAAUUAGCACGACUUAUUCAUAUUAAUAAACAAUCGUUAACCAAUCAAUAA